AUGAACCACUCUAUUUCUCUAAACGAAGCUGCUCCUCGGUCAAGUGAGGCUGUCCCUCCGCCAACCUUCGCUGCUUUUCAAUCAAGAUUUGCUCAUUAUCGCUCAACCAACUCGACUAUCACCUCGAGUACUCAAAUCACCCAGUCGACUGCCCCCACAAGCAAUACAGAUUUAUCCAGUGAUGGCGCAGAAGAAUACCUCAAAUGCAAUGAGUAUGUGAUGAACAAGAAAAUCAUAUCGCUGUCCAAGACUCUCACAGCAAAUCAGGCUCUAUCACUCGCAGAGCAGGAUGGCUUCUUCGAGAAACUCCCUAUUCACCUCACCUUUACCGAAAUUAGUACAACACUUGGUCAAAACCUCUGGAGUCUUGUGGAGUCCCGGUAUCCAUUAACGCAGAAGACCUUUCUGCCCGCCCAGGGCGUAUUUAUCGUCAAGAUGCCAGAGUUUGGACAUAAAGCAAUGCCCAAUUAUUUCUUCCAACAAUUCGCAGAUUGGAUCCUACACGGUGUUUUCACUAGGGCAGAGGUCAGGGCUGUGGAGAUUUACGCAACCCCAACCCUCCGAUUUUCAAAUGGAAGUCGGAAGCAACCAGAUCUCUACCUGGGCAUGUCCAAUGAACCAUCAAAUCUGCCGACGGUUGUUGUUGAAACAGGAUACUCCGAAUCGUACCCUGAACUUCUUCGCGAUAUCAGCACCCAUCUGAUCGGCGGUGCGCCGACAAUCUCUGUUUGCUUUCUCGUAAAGUGGAAUCUACGCAAGCCUUCCCAACGUCAUAACAAUUACAAUGCGUCAGGAAUCAUAGAGAAAUACAAACUGGACCCUACAACCGGUACACGUCCAGUCAGCUGA